GGAAUGCCUCUAAUUUGUUUGAAAGUUGAAAUGCAUUAGGUUGACCAUUUUGGACCCAAAAAUCUCUCUAUUUCGAUUUUCUCUCCCUUCAUUAUUAUUAUUAUUAUAUCUCUUAGGUAGUCCUCACCCGUCAUCCGCUUCAUCUAAUUUUUUUUUUAUUAUUUUUUUCCCAUAUUGUCCCUGUCUCUCUUUCUUUUCCCUUUCUAUUCAGAAAUUUUCUAGGAAAAUCAAAAUACUCCGAGAAAAAUAACCUCAUGAGGGCUCCCAAGAGACCGAUCCACGCAGUUUCCACAUGGGUGAGGCGGCAGCCCCCCAAAGUGAAGGCCUUUUUGGCUGUGAUUUCGGGUAUGACUGCUCUGGUUUUGCUCCGAUUUAUCGUUCACGAUCACGAUAACCUCUUUGUUGCUGCGGAGGCUGUGCACUCCAUUGGGAUUUCUGUGCUCAUCUAUAAGCUUAUGAAGGAGAAGACUUGUGCUGGGCUAUCAUUGAAGUCCCAAGAACUAACAGCAAUCUUUUUAGCUGUUAGAUUGUACUGUAGUUUUGUGAUGGAAUAUGAUAUACACACACUACUUGAUCUAGCAACCCUGGGAACGACCCUGUGGGUUAUUUUCAUGAUCCGUUUUAAAUUGAAAUCUAGUUACAUGGAGGAUAAAGACAACUUUGCAAUUUAUUAUGUGGUGGUGCCCUGUGCUGUAUUAGCUUUGCUCAUUCACCCAUCAACCUCUCAUCAUUUGUUGAACAGGAUUUUCUGGGCUUUCUGUGUGUAUCUUGAAGCUGUUUCAGUGUUGCCACAGUUGCGGGUCAUGCAGAACACAAAGAUCGUUGAACCAUUCACGGCUCAUUAUGUAUUUGCACUGGGUAUUGCGAGGUUUCUCAGCUGUGCCCAUUGGGUUCUCCAGGUUUUAGAUACCCGAGGCCAGUUGCUCGUAGCUCUAGGAUACGGACUGUGGCCCUCUAUGGUUCUUAUCUCAGAAAUUGUUCAAACUUUCAUCUUGGCCGAUUUCUGUUAUUACUAUGUGAAGAGGUUAGUUACUGCAGCUAUCAGAAUUUGGUCUAAACAUUCAUCUUUGGCCAACCUUCAUGUGUUUUCUGGAAGAUGUAUCGUUUCAACUCAUUACUGUUGUCUGUUCUUGCAGCGUUUUUGGAGGACAGCUUGUUCUGCGACUGCCCUCAGGAGUGGUGUAAACCGAUGUUUCGCUGCAGCUGUAGCCAGUGAGCAACAGUGCCGCCCCAUAAUUAACUUAGCUAGGCACAAUGUUGCUUCUCCAUGUUUAGUGCCCCAUUUUGCACUCAACACAGGCCUAAUUCUCUUUCAUGUAUCUUGGUCGAAAUUGAAGUGGGGGAUUUAAAUUUGAUAUUUAUAUAUAUCGAACAUGAUUUACACAGUUAAUUUAACACUUGCGUUGGUGUCAUUAUUCCGCACCAUGUUUAUUUUGGACA